UGAUACACAAGGUCUAUGAGCAAGUAACACUUUUACCUUUCUUAUUACGGCGCAUCUUCAUUACAAGAGCGUAUACCAUAUCUUUAAGAGUGGGGCAUUUCUGUAACAACAAUAUAUGAUCCCCUACCGAUCAAAAUACCGGGUGCCCCUUUUAUAUUCAUAUAAAUAGUAUUUCACCGAAACUUCGAUCAGUAGUGAAAACUCAGUGGUGGUUAUUUUUUCUCCAAACCAAAAGAUGAAAUAUUUGGUGGCAAUAUCAACGCUGGUAGCGGUUGCGUUUGCAAGGCCUGAAGCUGGGUACAGCUACAGUGCUCCGAGCGGACCGAGUGCCUCCGGAGGUGGCUAUCCUACAGGACCUUCUUCAUCGUACGGUGCCCCGCCUCAGCAGCCAGUUGUCCAGAAACAUGUAUACGUUCAUGUUCCACCACCAGAAACUGACUUUCCAGCGCCAAGGAAACCCAUUACCGUUGCUCCAGCACAGAAACAUUACAAGAUUAUCUUCAUAAAGGCACCAACUCCACCAACCCCAACUGCACCAAUCAUUCCAGCUCAACCACAAAACGAAGAGAAGACCUUGGUAUACGUGUUGGUCAAGAAACCUGAUCCAGAACCAGAAAUCACCAUCCCAACACCUGCUCCCACUCAGCCAAGCAAACCAGAAGUAUACUUCAUCAGAUACAAGACACAGAAGGAAGAAGGUGGAUACCCAGCGAGUGGUCAACCAGAUACUUCUUACGGUGCUCCUACUGGUGGAGCUAGCCCUUCUAGCGAAUAUGGUGCCCCAAGAUCUAGUUUCUAAGAUGAAGAUAUACUGAGGAAAUGUAAAUUUGUAAAUACCUCUUAUGCCAGUUGAACACUAUAUAUAUUGUGAUUCUUAUAUUCUAAAUAAGAGCUUAAAACCGGUAGACAAAUGUAUCAGAUGAAAAAAUAAUCAUAGAAAAACGAUUGCUUCAUGGCCCAAACUAUUCAUGACGAGAACGUAUUGUUCUAAUUGACUGAAUAGUUGAAUCAUAAUAAAUCAGUCAAUAUUUGACCCACAAACUGAUAAACUGAGGAUGUCGUUUUGUUAAAAUACUUAUUGUUGUUAUUCUUGCAAUAAUUUUUAGUGAAUUAACGAGAAUAAGUAACUCACGAUUAUCUGAUAAGAUGAGGAUGAUAUAUUCAAAAAAGCUUCAUACAAAUAUUCCGUAAUUUAGGUCUGAGAUUUUAUUGUAGUGUUACUCAUAUUUACUCAUACGUACCUUUGUACCAAAGUAGGUACCUAUAAAUAUUUUUUUACUUUUAUUUUUGAAUAAAAAUGAAUGAAAAUGAAGA